UGAUGUAGAUGAUGGAGUUUGUAGAUAUUAUGGUGAUGAUUAUUGCAUAAGAAUUUCUGGCUUUAUAAGCACUAUUGAAUGCUCUCCAGUGUUUCGGCCUAAACCUCCUCCCAAAGUCCGAAACGUUUGGUAUCGCCCAAAAUCAGAAACCUCAGAAACUGGCCGAAAUCCUCCGAAACUGGGCGAAAACCCUCCGAAACUGGACGAAAACCUCCAAAACUGA